GCGUGAGAGGAGUUUUGAAAGUGCCUCAGGUGGUCACAUAGAGAGUGACCCACAUUUUUGGCACAACCGCGCGACUUCCUCGAGCCUUGACUCAUUAUCGAUAAGCAUGAGAGACUUCCAAAGUUCCACUUCAUCGGCAUAGUUGGUCAGAAGAAAACAAUAGUAUGGUCCAUACUGGAAAUGAUUUGAGCAGCGGCCAGAAUUAAUUAAUCCCAAUCACAGUGUUAAUCAUGUUAAUUAAUAUGGGGAAAGGACUGGACAUAAGUAUUCCAUGCAUUUUGUAUUUGACGAAUUUUGAUCUGAAUUCACCAUAUUGAAGCGAGUAAUUUUGGGAUCACCCUCCGAAAAUCUCCACGUGCAAAUUUUUUUGCAAAACAGUAUAUUGUCCCACCGCUAAUUGUUUUACAGCUUUUACAGAAAUAAAGUAAUUUAAUAAGUAUUGUUCUACAAAUUGUGGUCCAAAAAUAACCACAAAGGCCGCCAGUGUGUUGAGUCAUGGCGAAGAAAGCACACAAAAAAUAAGACGCAUAAAAUUGAUCAAUUAAUACCUGCGAAAAGUGUGUGUAUACUUUCCAACUCAUGCAAACUUAACAGCGCGAAAAAUGUGUUAUCAUUCGUGUAUCACAGAUCUUCUGCUGUGUGAACAAUGGCAAUUGGCAGAAAUUUGUCACCAAUAGUGGAGAAGUGAGUGUGUUGAGAUGCUGGGUGACAAAAAAAGUGUGAAAAUCCAGCAGAUUUGCCGCUCGCGAAAUACUGUAUAAAAGAUGGUCACCGAAGUUCAUCCUGAUCAGUUCAACCGUUGGCGCGCAAAGUGAAGGAUCUCCAGCGACAAUCUCAUAGUUUUUCAAGACAUUCCAGUUGUGAAUAAGAGGAUGGAUAGCUCGAGCAGCAAACUCAUUUUAUUUUUCUUCGUGUUGGUCUUUUGCGCCACUUGCCAAUGUGCACCUCCGAGUUUGCCAGUCGAAUUGACGCCCGAAUUCUUCCCAACUGCCGAAUCACCACUCACGAAGCCCAUCCAGUCUGCGGAGUACGUAGAUUUCAUCAACAAGUUAUAUGGACAUGAUCAUUCCAAGAAGCCACUCACUCUGGACGCCCAGGCUUCGAAUGUGGAGCAAGUGAGGGACAUUUCUGAGGAGGUGGUCGACGAUCACGUGCGGGAGAAGAGGGCCAUCAUCUUCAGGCCACUCUUCGUGUAUCGGCAGCAGCAAGUGAGGCGGCAGAAGAUCAAGGAUCAGCGAAAGAAGCAGCAGCAGCAGAAGCCACAGGCUUCCCAGAGCUCCUCAUCCAGUUCCAAACCCUCCGUGAUCGUUCCUGCCAACACGAGUCACUUCAUCGUGUACAACAACAAGAUCUACCAGCAGUACAAUCCCUACUAUGCACCCUACCAGUACGGCCAGAAGUUCCCCUACCAGAAGUGGUGAUCCGCGAGAGUCCUUGCCCCAGAAGUUGAGCCACCAAAAAGCAACCAGUCCAAACCUCCUAAGGAGACCAAGUUCAAAGUCAUGUUGAAAUUUAAUGCCGUUUUCUCACAUCUCAAUGCUAAUCACUUUAACAUUGGGCUUAAGAGUUGUUGAUGACAAAAAUCGUUAUGUGAUGCAAUUCGUACGGAGUUGCUCUUUAGUGAUGAUCUCCAUUCAUUUUUGAUGAGUGUCUCUUGAUUAGUCUCCUUACUCUUUUGCUGUCUUCCAAUUAGUUGCUUACGAUGCAAAUCUAUUUAAUUAGUGUGUAGCACGUUUUUGUAUUAUUAUUAUUGUAGCAAAAGAGAUAGGUUUAAAUGGUAAAAAAUAAAUUUAAUGUUACAAAAGAGUA